AUGCUACGUCAUAGACCCUUAAAUGUAUCUUUCCGUAGAUACUCAAGCUCAUUCAAAAACACAACUGUCCUUAGGAAACCAAACUUUGAUUUGAAGAAUAUUAUAAAUAAUAGCGAAAAAUAUAAAGAUGCAAUAAUUCGAAGAAAAACUCCAGAGUUGAUUCAAAGUCUUGAAUAUGUAGUCACCAAUAGACCAAUUGAAAUUGAACUAACUAAUAGAAUCAAUACUAAAAAGCAUGAGAGGUCAAAAUUAAGUGAGGUUAUGAAGGAACUAAAGAACAAAGCACCUAUAGAGGUUAAGGAAGAAUUAGCUAAAGCAAAAAGUGAGUUGAAAACAUUGGAAGCUGAAAGAGACGAAUUAUCGCAAAAAAUACACAGAUAUGCUGAGUCUCUUCCAAACUUACUCGAUACAACAGUACCUAAAGAUACAUUGCAGGGGGAUAUAGUGAAGUUUAUUAAUUGUGCAUCGGAACAAGACGCAGUAAACUCCAUGCCCACAUCUAAAUUUGACCAUAAGACUAUUGGUGAAAAAUUAAAUAUUAUGAAUUUUAAUAUCGCCGCAAGAAUCUCUGGGUCCUCGUGGUACUAUCUCGUUGGAGAUGGUGCUUUAUUAGAGCAAGCAUUGAUUCAGUAUGGUCUUUCAAAAGCUCGUGUAAAUGGAUAUACUAUGAUUAUACCUCCUUCAAUUGUGAAGAAUGAAAUUAUCAGUGCAUGUGGUUUCAAACCUAACGACCAAAACGGAGAACAACAGGUCUAUCAAUUAACCAAUGAUGACUUAUCUUUAAUAGGUACUGCGGAAAUCCCAUUAGGUGCUUACCAUUCGUCCUCGACGUUUCCUUCAUCACAGAAUUACCCUAUAAAGUAUGUAGGUAUCUCCAGAUCAUAUAGAGCAGAGGCUGGAGCUCGUGGGUCGGAUACUAAAGGGUUAUACAGAGUUCACGAAUUUACAAAGGUUGAGUUAUUCCAUUUUACAACCCCUGACAAGGCUGCACAAGAAUUAGAAGACCUUAAAAACUUACAAAUUAGCAUAAUUGAAGACUUAGGUUUAAGUGCAAAAAUGAUAAAUAUGCCAAGUUCGGAUCUUGGAGCACCGGCCUUGAAGAAGUUUGAUUGUGAAGCUUGGAUGCCUGGGAGAGAAGGCUGGGGUGAAUUAACAAGCUGUUCCAAUUGUAGCGAUUAUCAGUCGAGGAGAUUAGGUAUUAGAUAUGAGGAUGGCAAAGAUGAAAAUAAAUUAAAAUACAUUCACACAUUAAAUGGAACUUGCGUUGCCAUACCUAGAGUAAUUGUUGCAAUAAUGGAGCAAUUUUAUGAUCCAGCCACUGAAUCGAUUAUUAUUCCAAAGGUCUUAAGGCCAUAUAUGGAUGAUAAAGAGAGAAUUUAUCAAAAUUAG